GACCCUGCUGUGGUAGAGACAGCUAAAAGAGAAUAUCUGGCGAACGCGCGCUCAACGUUAGUGCCGAGACGGCGUUUCCGGCCAACAGCUGAACAAUCUAUAGAGGCUGCUGCAACACGGAGAAUCCUCACUCCCUCACUCAGGCUGUCGUUAAUGAGCAAUGGUCCAGCGCUACUGCAGUGAAGAGAACAUCAUUCCUGAGUCAAAAACAAAGAAACAACUUGUGAAAGUCAUGAAGGACUUGCAUGAAGAGAAACAAGCAGAAAGCAGAAUUCCAAGCAUGGACGAAUUUCCGACCCUGAAUCUGAAUGGCCUCAGUGAAAGUGACCGUGAAAAUUCUCAAGAGAAUAGGGAACCUGUCAUCAAGUGUGUGGACAGCAGCAACUUUGCCGUUGUGAACGGCAAUUGUGAUAGUGGUGAUCGCUUGGGAGCUGAGAGUCGACUUGCAGAUGAAAGACUCGGAGUAGCAGCAAACAAAGAGAAUGAAUCGAGUUUAAGCCCAAUGAAUGAUCUGAAUGAUGACGCGCGAAGUGCACAUCAAGAAGAGGAGCCUGAAGACGACAUCAGAUUAGUGAUGGAAGACGAAUUAGAAAGGAAGUCUGACCCAGCCUAUGAUGGUUCUGAAGGUGGUGAUGAGAAUAAAGCACCCUCAGAGGACCUAGAGUUGGAGGAAUGUACAGAAAGAGAAUUCGUAGACGACUUGCAAGAGAACGACGGAAAGUCGUAUGCUAGUGAUAAUACUUUAGUCGAGGAAGAUGUCAAUGCCGUCGACCGAGAAAAAAAUGGGGAUGAAAACUCAAACCCACCUAGUGAAGCUGUAAUUAGUAUUAGUAGUACCCCUAUCGACAUUGCGGAUAGUACAAAUAAUUUUGAUUGUGCUGACGAGGAGCCAGAAGUUUCUCCAAGAAAGAGGCCAGCCUCUACGACAGACAAGGAGGUUGCAGUGAAGAAGAUUAAAAUCGAGACUGCUGAUCGAAGUGCAGAAAUGAGCGUGCAAGAGGACGCGCAACUUGUAAAAACUAUGACCCGCGAUGAACUGGCAAAACUUUUAAUCGACGCAUUCAUUACGAGCAAAACCAGGAAGAGUGAGUUGGCAACUAUGGAGCACGAGUUGGUUAAAUUGAGGUUGAAGUGUGACUCCUACAAGAAAAAAAUCACCACCCUCACCAAACAAUGUAUGGAUAUCCAAAACAGCGUUGCACAAGUUGCCGAGUCCAACAAAUCUAAUGCAAAGGCGCUGAAGCCAAAACCAAUCGUUCGGCACGUCGCUGUUCAAGUUCCCUCCAAAAACAUAGGGAUCACACCUCAGCCUGAGAAAAAGGUGAAAACAAUAACUCCUAUCAAUCGCGUGCCGCUGCCACAACAGCCUAACACCAUCAUCACCAAGGCCAGUCCAAAGCCUGCCGCUGUCAAGUCACCGCAGGGGAUUCCAACCUUGAAGGCUGCAAGCAGACAGGUCUUACUGACCAAAACGACUCCAGCUGGCGCAGUGGUGACUACCACGCCUGCAUCCCAGGGCAUGGUUGCGCCCCUGAGGCUGACAAGCAAAUCCACGACGCCACCGAACCCUCCUGUGCGGACGAUCGGACAGACUACCAUGAGAAACGGACAGACAACUAUGAAAGGAAGCGAUACAGCGGCACCCAUGCAAUUCAUGCAGAGCGGCAACAGGAUCAUCAUCCCUAAUUCAACUGGCCUGCAGGGCAUGCAACAGACUAAGCAACCUGUUGCUUACUUGAUCUCCAAUUCGAACAAUGGGAACAUGCUGCUGCAGUCUCAAAUGGGAGGAAUCCUGCUGAACAAGGCAUCUCCAUCCGCUGUCAGUCCAGUGCAAAUGCAGACAUCACGAAACAACAACGUUCUAGGCAAUAGACCAUUCAUGCCGCAGACGGCACAGAACUCUACAACAAUGCGCCAACCCUUCACAAAUGGCACUCGAAGAUUCAGCCAAGCCCUGAGACCGCCAACUCACCCUGCACCCCUGCCGUCGGUCCCUUUCAUCCCUCCGCGGCCAGGUUGGAAGCAACCGCCGCCUAAGCCAAAUCUCAAAAUUACACAGGCAACCAAAGGAGGGAUAAUGCUGUCAUGGAAUCUGCUCACGUUCAACUCGGAUCACGAGGAGAUUAAGAGCUACCAAAUUUACGCGUAUCAAGAAACGUCGGAGGAGCCGAGCCAGCGACUUUGGAAGACAGUGGGUGACGUGAAAGCGCUUGCUCUGCCAAUGGCCUGCACCCUGACGCAGUUCAAAGAUGGCUACAAGUACCAUUUCGCAGUGCGCGCCGUCGACAUACGCAACAGAAUGGGGCCCAGCAGCGAAACCAUGAACAUCGAGUUGAAGCCUCCCAACCACUCAAAAAUGUAAAUUCCAGAACCUUUUGCUGCCGGUUUGGGAGUAAAUAAGGGGACUGAAUUGGGGCCCGUCUUGAAUGCAAACUGCUUUCCAAACACAAAAAGGGAAACUUUUGUUCGACAAAUUUUCUAAUUGUAUGCACGCAGAGCUCAUGAAAGAGAUAAUGCGUUAGCCACCGUGAUAACACUAGUCAGAUCGCUACGAAAGUAGUUCCACCAAAGGCUGUCAUCAUUAGCCAGAUAAUUACCUGACUUGUGAAAUAAUCACGUUUUUCAACCCGUUGCUCUGUGUAUACCUAAAUCGCCGCCUCUCUAUAUUAAUGGCUAGAGUAGUAAAAUUUUAGCCGUGCUAAAUUUUCAUUGAUGCCUUGCGAUUAUUAAGUGAAAAAAUUUCUUUACUCCUUCUUAAUUCCAACGUUCAUCAUAUUUAUUCCCUUGCGUAUAAAUGAAACCGGCUAUAAAAUAUUCAACACUGCCAACUUCGGAACAAACUAAUUGUUUGUGUUGUACAUAAAUAGGACCCCCAAAUUUCAGCAUCAGUUUGGAGAGUUACAAAUUAAAUAUUAAUAUGAUAUAA